UCAGUUAACUCGGUAACAUUUCGCACCACAACACCGGAAGCAAAACAAAGUAUGUCAUAUGAUCUGUGUUUGUACCAGUUCGUAGUAUGUAGCUGUUCGGUGUGAAGUCAGUUAAAUAAAGAUACACAAAGUUGGGAACGGUCCAUAAAGACGGCAGAACCGUGUCCGCCAUGGCUGAUGAUUUGAAGAGAUACCUGUACAAACAGCUGCAGAGUGUUGAAGGUCUUCAUGCUAUCGUGGUGACAGACAGAGAUGGCGUCCCAGUUAUUAAAGUUGCCAAUGACAACGCCCCGGUCCACGCUCUGAGACCGGGCUUCCUGUCCACGUUCGCUCUGGCCACAGAUCAGGGCAGCAAGCUGGGCCUCUCCAAGAACAAGAGCAUUAUCUGCUACUACAACGCCUACCAGAUUGUGCAGUUCAACCGGUUACCUCUGGUCAUCAGCUUCAUUGCCAGCAGCAACGCCAACACAGGCCUCAUCAUGAGUCUGGAGAAGGAGCUGGCUCCACUUAUAGAGGAGCUGAGGCAGGUGGUGGAGGUGACAUAAAGUCAGUCUCACCUUGAUCACGGUCCACAGCAGGAACCUCCGGAUCACACCAAGCUCACUGAAUCUCUCUUUAACGGUGCAUUCAAGUCAUGUAGGGAAAUUUGACCAUUCUUCCAAGUAACAGAUUUUUUCCUGAAGUGAUUGGACUCUGUUUGUCUUUUUUUGAUUUUCUUUUCUGCCACUUUCUGUCUAGGUUUUCUUUAUCAGCAUUUUCACAGUUUAGACGAAGUUUAUGUUUAAUCAAAUAUCCAGAUGUCUGAAUAAAUGUUUCAUUUUCUGCA